AUGUUCUCGGAGACGCCACUCACAGAAAUCACAAAUCCGGAGGCUUCCGUCCAAGGGCUAAGGAACGACAACCCCGACAAUUGGCACGAUCACGAGUUCUACUACAAGGCCCGAAUUGGCGAGACAAUCAACUCCAAGUACCAGGUCAAGGCAUCCAUAGGAAGCGGGAUGUUCUCCACGGUUUUCCUAGCCAAGACCCUUUUGCCCGAGUGCGAGCAGGAGAUUGCCAUCAAGAUCCCCCGGAAGAACGAUCUCAUGCUCCGGUCUGCAAAGUAUCGCGAGCAUCUGUGCCUGGUGAUGGAGUCCCUGGAUCUAAACCUCCGGCAGAUCACAAACAAGUACGGGCGAAACAGAGGUAUCAAUCUCAAAACCAUCUGUGUCUAUGCUCACCAGCUCAUGGUUGCCCUCCAGCACUUGGCCCAUUGCGGCAUCUUUCACUGCGACAUCAAGCCUGACAACAUCAUGGUCACAAAGUCCCGGAGAUCGAUCAAGCUGUGCGACUUUGGGGUGGCCAUGUUUGCGAGGGAUCAAACCCCGUCCGCGGAGACCCCAUACCUGGUGAGUCCGAGCUACCGGGCACCGGAGAUCAUCCUCGGAGUGGCUCCCUACAGCCACCAAAUCGAUAUGUGGUCUGCCGGCUGCUGCUUGUAUGAGCUCUACACGGGCAAGUUCCUCUUUCCUGUUGCUACUAACAACGGGCUUCUCAAGCAGCAAAUGGAGCUCAAGGGGGCGUUUCCAAAGGCGAUGUUGAAGAAAGGAGCGUUUACUGGCAUGCAUUUCAACGAGAACUUUGAGUUCCGGCAGCUAGAUCCCGUGACAAAGCUGGAAACUCUGAGAAGUAUGGCGUCCUUCAAUGUUAAGACAAGUUGUCUUUCAGAUCUUACAGGGGAAGAUGGAGCGCUGAUGUCGAGAUUCAAGAACUUGUUAGAGAGGAUGCUUACUCUAGAUCCCAGUAAGCGAAUAACUCCUGAUGAAGCUUUGAAGCAUCCAUUUCUUAAGUCAGUUUGUAAAUAA